CCGUCACUCGAUGGUCUUUUGGUUUUCCUAUAAUUUGCUUUGUAGAACCGUAGCUUUGUAUUUUACUCUGUAUUCUCCACAAUUUCCCACGUUUGAGUGAUCCGUAACCUGCUGAUUAUAAUACGCAGCCAUGUCCCUGAAAGCAACAUCAUCGACGGUUCCUGGAAACGGAGUGCCAGAUCCGAACACUGGCCAAAUUGCGGAUUUCGUGAAGCAGGCAUUUCUCACUGGAAAACUCAGUGAUGUUAGCUUCGCAGUGGGACGUGACUUUGGCACAGUGAAGAUCUUUCCCGCACACAAGUUCGUCUUGUGCAUUCGCAGCGCUGUGUUCCAUACGAUGUUCUAUGGGAGUCUGCCAGAAAAAUGUGAAGGUGCCAUCAACAUUGCGGACAUUCAUCCAGAUGCAUUUGCCAAUAUGCUCAGUUUCCUGUAUACCGAUGCCGUGGACAGUCUCAGUACCGACAACGUCAUCGAAACCAUGGUGUGCGCUGACAAAUACGACGUUCCGCAGCUGGUGCAGAUCUGUUCGGAUUUCCUUGAUCGCCAGCUGAAUUCCGGGAAUUGUUUGACUUGUGAGCGGGGGUUCACUAGCGUUCACGUCCGCAACGCUACGCCACUGGAUUACGUGUCUGUGUUGUGUCUCUUCUGAUUGGCUUGAGUUGUGUUAGUGGGCGCGGCAUAGCACGUGCUGCACAGUGUUACACACUGUUGA